UUAAGUCCCUUAACCCGAUAUAUUCUACUGUGGUGGAUCCGGCGGCUUUUGUUGAACUUGCUGGUUUGCCGCCGUCGGCGGAAGUGAAGAUUCCCGGCUCGGAUGAGGAAGCCUUUGAUUGUCCAGAGGGGUAUGUGGUUAUGUAUGAGUAUCCGUUCACAAUUGGCUUCAAAUUUCCUUUCACUCCUCUAGUUAGGUCCUUUAUCGAGGUUUUCCAUUUGAGUCCGGGUCAGUUGAUGCCCCAGAUAUGGCGGGUUUUCACGGUGGUGCAUGGAGUUACUGCGGACUGGCGUACGCCGUUUGACCUGUCUGAUUUGAUGUACUCUUACGACCUAGCACUGCAGAAGUGCUGUAGGUAUACCUUGGUUACGAAGAAGGGAAAGACGAACUUAGGUGUUGGUUUAGGUGUGAACGACAGGGGUUGGCAGAGUCGUUUUGUCUUUGUAGGCAAAGAUUCUCUGGGAGAUAAAGGGCGGUUUCUGGUCGAGGGAUGGACGAUGGAAGUUGUCAAGGGGUCGUCGUUGACUGAGUUGAACGCUGAUUCUGAGGAUAAGUAUCGGAAGUUCUUGGGUUAUUCUGUCGAGGAUAGGUCUUUCAGUCGCGACGGAGAGUUUUUAGACGAGCAGGCGGUGGACCGGUCAGGCGACGUCGCCGAGGAGGAGGAGAUAGACGAGGGAUCAGGUCAACUGACUCGUCGUCGGAAAAGGUUGGAUUUGCUUGAGGAGGUAGUGGCAAACUCGUCGUCCGCCGAAGGUGAAGUAGGUGAUAUGGCUGACAACUCAGAGCAUACUCUUUCGUCUCGGCCUGUGUCGAGGAUGUCUCAGAGUGAGAUUCAGGAGCGUGCCAGGAAGCGACUUAGGUCGUCCUCGACUUCUGGUGGACGGGGUAUGACGGUUGUACCUCGGUUUUCUGCGAUAGGUUCAUCGGCCGAGACGCCUGUCGUCAUAGGUGCCGAAGGCUUUCAUCCGAUUGCUUCGUCGUCGCCUCCACAGCCGUUCAAGGCGUCGUCUGCUGCUGUCGACGUUAGUAAAGUGUCUACUUCAUCGGCCAAGAAGCGACCUGUCGAGACGGAUCCUGUCGAGGAUACGGUUAUCACUUUGCCCCCAAGCUUUUUGGGUGAUGAAGAGGCGUCGGUUAUAUGGCCUUUCGCUGAUCGCUUGAUCUUGCCUACGACGUAUCGACGAUACCACGAGGUGGAUCCUCUUCCUGUCGCGUCGGACGCCGCUGAGCUUAGUCUGCGGGCGUCGCAGGCUGCCUUGGCCGUGCGUAGGCAGUGUUCGUUGCUGUGCGACGAGGUGACGAAUGCAAGGCAGCUGACGGCGACGGCGAAGAAGGCGGCCGCAUCGUGGGAAGCGAAGUGGAAAGCUGCUGAGAAGAAGGUUGUGGAUCUUGCUGCGGUGAUUAAGGCCAAGGGUGAUCAAUUGAAGGGUAAGGAUAAGCAGUUAGCCGACGUGGCUAAAGAUCUGGAGAAAGUGAAGGAGGAGUUGACCUCGACGACAGAGGAAUUGGAUGGAUUGAGGAGCUUGUACGACGCCCUGCAGGAGGAGGCGAAGGACGUCGAGGCUCUUGCUAUAUGGAGGACGCGGGCGCAGAUGAUGUAUUCCUGCCUGAUUGGGGAGACUAGCCUUUGGCCGUGCCAAAAGGAGGUGGAUGACUAUCUGGCUAAUGGCGGUACCAUGGCUGACCUGUCGGUGCCCGUGGUGGAUCCGGAGGAGUUGGCGAAGACGGCUGACACUGCUAGUACUGAGGCGACGGAGGUGGAUGCUGCUUUGUUGGUGGUGAGUGUGCCUGUUCCGGACCAAGAGGGGGAGGUUUUAGCUGUUGGGUGCGAAGAGGAGGCCCUUGCCGUCGUUUCUCAAGACGAGACGGUGGACGUGGCGUCGGUGGAGGUGCCAGUCGUGCCCCCAGAGCAAGAGCCGGAGCAGGAAGUCGUGGUUUCUCCUCAGGAAGAAGGGAUGUAUUAGUUUGUAGUUUUUGAAUUUUCUGUUGGUUUUUGUGUUUUGUUGGUGGAUUUCUUUACUCGUCGUCGGUGGCGGCGACGAGGUGGUUUGGAUGACUUGUGUUUUUAUUUGUCGUCGGUAGUGGCGACGCUGUGUG